AUGCGUGUCUACGGGCCGACGCUCGCUGACGAUUGCCGGAAGCAGUGGGAACCUCCACCGCAUCUGAAUGGCCGAAGGAGGGGAGAGCAGAGCGGCCCCGCCCUGGAAGCCCGGUGCUCGAACGUAGCGCUUUCCGCUGCGUUGGCGGCGCUGCGAGGCCGCGCGCCUCAUUCAACGGCGUCGCCGCUCGACUCCGCCGCCGCCACCGCCUCCGCCGCCGUCGUCUCCUCCGCCGCCGCCGCCGCCUUCGCCGCCAGCAUGACCCGCGGGAAACAGCCUCAAGCUGCCAAGAUGGUGACCUCAACCCCAAUUAAGGGAAAGGCAGGAAGAAAAAGACUGAGCUUGGCAACACCGCGCUCCAUCAAGCGACAAAAGCUUUCAGUGAAAAGGAAGACACUCACGCCAGGAAAGGAAAAGCGCAAGCACAAGUUCCGGCCGGGAACUGUGGCCCUAAUGGAAAUCCGUCACUACCAGAAAGGGGCAAAUCUCCUUGUGCCCAAGCUGCCCUUUUCGCGUUUGAUCAAAGAAAUUCUUCAACAGUUUGGAUCCUACAGGCUGCAGUCCAUGGCAUUGAUGGCUCUCCAAGAAGCUGCAGAAGCAUAUGUUGUUGGCCUUUUGGAAAUGGCUAACCUUUGCAGCAUACAUGCCAAGAGAGUCACACUCUACCCAAAGGAUAUCAAGCUUGUCAGGCGUAUCCGUGGCGAAUAUUAAUCUAUAGAAAGUUGGCAGUUUGAUACAGUUUAAUACAGUUUACUUUUUAAAUGUAAGGCCUGAAAAAAUGGUAUUGCAGUUGAAAAAAUAGAAUAUAUGGUUUAGUUUCCUAGAAAUAAAAAGAUAAAAUCCCAUAAAUAUUUAAAAAAAAUGCCUUUGCAGUACAAAAAUUGCUUUUGGUCAUUCUAGCUGUUCACUUCCGGUCAGGGGUCUUCAAUAUCUGGAACCAUGCCACUACUGAGUGAUUUUUAGGGCAGUAAUUUACUUUGGGAAAAAAAAAAUGGAAAUGUAGUGGCAUGUUGUAAUUUAUUAAAUAUGUUAAAAUGGAUGUUUAGAAAUAUAUAUUGAAAGCCCCUGGUGUAGAGCAUUGAGAGAAAACUGAUUAUUCUCAUGUUGAAUAAAGAGAAGUGCAUUUUAGUAUUUAAGAGAAACUAUAUUUUGACAGUAAGGUUUGCAACAAAUCUUUGUACUUCUACUAAUUAGGCUGCAUCUACAUGGAGUAGACUAUGUACAUUUUAGAAAUGUAUUCCUGUCUGUUUAUAUAAAAAAUGUUUUUUAUAUCAAGACCAUUAAACCCUUAUUCAGUAUCACCUUGGAUUUGCUUCAUUGCUUCUUUUGUUUCAAGAAAAUUAUACAGAUACUAAUUAAGGAAAUUAAUCAAAAUAGGAAGUAUGUAGUCACGUAGGAAGAAAUAAGACAAAAUUGGUAGAAAGGUCAAUUGCGCUUUCAAAAAUUUAUUCAAGAGAUUUCUUUUGUAGUGCAUAUGGUAGAUUUUGUAUAAACUGUAAUGCAUACAAAGUAAAUUCAAGUUUGUUUAAGAACUUAAAUUUUA